AUGGAUGAAAUUAUGAAAGCCCUUAAAAAAAUUCAGCUGGAACUUGACGACCAGAAAAAAGAGAUUCGUAACAGUGUAUUAAAGGUCACAGAACAGGUCACACAAAACAUCAACAGGAUAUUAGAGGAAAAACUUCUUGCUUUGGAAGAGAAAUAUGUGAAACUCAAGGAGAUAGUAGACAACCAAGAGAAGAGAAUCUACUUCCUAGAAAAACAGGCGAGACAAAGACAUAAUGCCGAUCUACAAGUAGUUAGAAGGCUAGGAAAAAAGGGCGAUAAACCACGACCCACUCUAAUAUCCUUCUCAAAUCUCAGCACUAAGAUAAAUAUAUUGAAACAGAAAAAAGCACUGCGCGACACGUGCUACUAUAUGAAGGAAGAUUACCCAAAACAGAUCCUAGAAAAAAGAAGACAAUUACAAGAACAGCUGAAAAUAGAGAGAGAAAAUGGCAACAUGGCUUUCCUUAAAUAUGACAAACUAGUCAUACCUAAACAAACAUCCAAAAGAAAGUUUUCUGCAUCGCCAUCAAAACUCACAGAAGAAAUGUCGAAAGGAAGAAUUACACAGACAAACAAAAAAAAUAAGCCACAACAUCAAGAAAUAUCACUGAGAAGAUCUAACAGCAUUACCGAAGGAGUAAACAAACCGAGCAUGCUAAAUUUCCUUACAAAAAUACAGCACAGGGACAAGAAACUACAAAAAGCAAUGCGUAGCAAACAGCUGCUCCUCUCCAUAUAA